AGUCAACAUGUUCUCGAAGUUGGUGUUGUGUGUCGUAGUGGCGAUGGCGGCCGCGGCGCCCCAGGGGUACGGGCCACCUCCACCAUCCUACGGCGCCCCCUCAGGUCCUGUUGUGCCCAUCGUGAAGGACGAGCGUCAGGGACCUGAUGCGUACGGCAACUACAACUUCAACUUCGAGACUGGUGACGGCAUCAGUCGUCAGGAGCAGGGCGCCCCUCAGGGCCCAGCUGGCGCCGUGGCACCUCAGGGAGGAUGGUCGUUCAAAUUCCCUGAGGGCACCCCGGGGGUCUUUAAGUUCGUAGCUGACGGUGCAGGUUACCGCGUGGAGUCUCCCCUGCUGCCCACGCCCCCUCCUCUCCCCGCCCACGCCAUCGCCCAGAUCGAGAAGGCUCGUCAGGAGGACGCCGCCGGUAACCGGUACGCUGCGCCCUCAGCCCCGGCACCCCAGUACUCAGCGCCCCGCCCCGCCGCCCCCAGCACCAGCUACAAACAGCCCUGAACGACAAAGUCUUGUAAUCAAUAUUCAGAUGGCGACUACAAGUUGAUCAUUUUAUCGGGUCAAAGAGAACUGCUUGUUCUACCGGCUCCCUCACCAUCUUCACCCUCGUCUUCACCCUCACCUAUAAAAGUUUGCUGAAAUUUGUAUAUAUGUCAAAAACUUUAAGGAAAUAAAGGUUGUUUUU